AUGGACUCAGACAAAAGAUAUAAUGUUCUGGUUUCCUGGCCCUCUGCACCUCUCACGAACACCCUCGUCUGUAACGCCCUCUCCUUCCCAUUACAACCCCCGCUGGUCUCAUCGCUACCUCCACUACCGCCGCCGUAUGCUCACUAUCAACCCAAAUCUACAGCGAAACUCGUACAAUGGUCCACCUACGACGCAAUAGAUCAUGACCUCACGCAUGGCUCGCCUUCUACUGUCCUCUCCUCGUCCUACACGAUCCGAAAAGCGCUUAUCCGGAAACAUUUUCUUUCGAGAUGCUUGCAUUCCCAUAUGGUGAAAAAUCCUCAGUCAUGCUUAAGGGAGGCUGUCCCGAAAACAUGGGACCUGGAGAUUUCGUUCGCGGAUGAGUUGGACGAGAUGUGGGGAGACGAGCUUUGGGAUUUAGGCGCUGCUAUGGAUGUGCAGGCCGGAGACCAGGAUGGAUUGAAGAAGAGGUGGUGGAUCUUGAAGCCGGGAAUGGCGGAUCGUGGGAUGGGAAUCCGGAUGUUCGAUUCUAAGGAGGCUUUACAGGAGAUUUUUGAGGCGUUCGAAGAGGACGAGGACGACGAACUAGAAGAGGGCGAAGACGACACAGAACAAGGUAGGGACGAAGAUACAAGAGAGAAUACCGCUGUGGUUACCUCUCAGCUCAGACAUUUUGUCAUUCAGGAAUAUAUCGACACACCUUUGCUCAUUGAUCCCGGGGAAAGGUCGCUCGAUAAUAUUCCUCCGAGAACUUCACCCGACCUCCAAGGCCAUAAAUUCCAUCUCAGAGCGUACUGUGUGGCGUCAGGCGCCCUCACGUUAUAUCUCUACGACCGCAUUCUCGCACUCUUCUCCGCAAAGCAAUACGUCCAUCCCACCGCCAAUCUUAAGGACGGUACUCCCAUAGAUCUCGCUCCCCACUUGACGAACACAUCUCUGCAAACGCAUCGUGGCGAAGAAGGCGUACGUCUCUUGGAUGAACUCGUCGGCUGCCAUAUCCUUUCGGACGGACACGCUGGCUCCCUGCUGAAGUUCACGAAAGACGAUAUAAAGGCAAUUCAAGACCAAAUGGCAGACGUGCUCGCGGAGACGUUCAAAGCUGCAUUAGAGUCACCGAUCCAUUUCCAGCCCCUUCCAAAUGCAUUCGAGCUCUACGGGAUCGACUUUCUCGUCUCGCACACACCGUCUGCAUCUCCUUUCGACCCAUCAUCAGCUCAGUUUCAAGUCAAGCUUCUCGAAGUCAACGCAGAGCCCGCGAUCGAACUUACUGGUCCACGGUUGACGUGGAUCCUCCAGGACCUUUUCAACGCGAUCGGCGAAGUCUGUGUUAGGCCUUUCGUUUUCGGGAAACAAGGCAAGGUUGAUGGCGGCGAGGAAGAGUGGAAGGUAGGGCAGACCAGGCUACAUCUUAGGAAGUGUCUCGCGUCGGAGGUUAGAGGUAUGGGGGGUUGGUAGACCCAGGACCCAGUGGAUAGAGGAACAGGCCAGUCGAAUGUACGAAUCCUGUUAGUGCUUCAUCUAUCUCUGUUACAAGCGAUACUGGC